GACGACAUCAAUUAAUGUUGCCUCGUCUGAUCUCAUCCGUCAUCCUCAUCAACAGCAUUUUCCUCAGCGAGCAGUUCAACUUCGUCAACGCUCUCAUCUUCUUCGGUCCUAAACUCCUGAGUUCUGCUAACAACACUAUGAAUCAUCAAUGGAAUGGGAGAAACCAGCUAUGUAAUCUAAUUAAUAAAAAAUAUUCAAUUGAUGUAACAUUGACUUGACACCUCUUGGCACUCAUGACAGCUUUAAUAGCUUGAAUCGAGGAUAUUGAUCAUUGAUGGUCGGAGUCUCGAGAAGGGAAUUCAAAGCUUUGCUUAUUUCCUCAGGCUGCGGAACGACAUACGGCAUCGUACUUGCCAUUAUCUCAUAUUCAGCGACGGCCUUCUCAUGCCUUCCGAAUUUGUGAUUUAAAGAGUCCUGCUGAAAGUCGCUUGAUGUUUUAUUCUCUCGUCAAAGUCAAUGACACUCCUUCCUGGCCUGUCUUUCGCAGUCAUCUCAGGCCUCAUUGGCCUCUCCGGCUCCACAGAGCUGCGGAGAGCUGACUAUACUGCGACUUGCCAGGAGAUCGCUGCUGCCGCGUCCUCUGCGUCCAAAGUGUAUUACAUCGGGUCACCCCAAUACACCGAGGAUAACGAGCAUUGGGCUUCUUCUAGUUCUCAAACUUCUGCAUGCUCCUUUGAGCCCGCGAACGCACAGGACGUCGGAAUCGCUCUCCAAUUAUUGGCCAAGGACCAGACCCCAUUUGCAGGUUUUUCGUCAACCCCUGGAGUCCAAAUUGCUUUGUUUUCAUUUUCAGAAGUCGUAUACGACCCGAAUGCUCAGACAGCAACUAUUGGCAUGGGGUUAAUUUGGGAUGAUGUCUAUUCCGAACUCGAACAAUAUGGCGUGACCGUUGUAGGAGCGAAGACUACUGGUGUUGGGAUCGGCGGCAUCGUCCUUGGAGGAGGAUAUUCAUAUCUCAGCAAUCAGUAUGGUUUGUCGGUCGACAAUGUCAUAUCGUUCGAGCUUGUGAUGCCUAAUGGCACGGUUGCGAGUAUCACAAGUUCUUCGAAUCCAGAUUUAUUCUAUGGCCUUCGAGGAGGAUUCAACAAUUUGUGCGCGAUGGGAAUUGUUACCACAGUGACUAUGAAGACGUACGCCCAGUCUCAAGUCUGGGGCGGCCUUAUCUCGUACACGGCGGAUCAAUGGGAUGCAGUCAAUACGGCCAUAGCUAAUUUUGUGUCGACAGUCACCGAUCCAAAAGCCUGUUUGUACAGCACAACUGACUAUGCGUCUGGGGUGGUAGCGAUAUUAACCAUUCUGUUUUAUGAUGCGCCGACUUAUCCUGAUGGUAUUUUCAACGAAUUACUGGCAAUCCCACACUCUGCUGAAGACAUCUCGACGAGGGCAUAUUUGAGCCUCAUUCAGACUUUACCUGCAAAUGCCUCAUCGGGCCUAAGGGCUAUGUUCCACUGGGUGCCUAUUGAGCAAUUCACGUCGUCUAUGCUACAAAUGGUCCAGAACCAAACACUGGUUUACGGCGAGCAGCUGUCGCAAUCAAGCGGAGUUUUGAUCUCAUACGAUCUCGUCCCUCUCCUUCCCUCACUCUACAGUCACUCCGACACGCCAGCUGCUUUCCCUUCUUUACGGGAUUCAGGACAGGGGUACUCGUUCAUUGAGGUGUAUUAUGGGUGGACUGAUCCGAACGAUGAUGAGGUGAUGCUCCAGGUUGGUGCAGAGAGCGCUGCCUACAUGAAGCAGUUUGCCGUGGACGCUGGUCAGAACGUUGCGAAUGCACUGAUAUACCCUAAUUGUGCGCCUCCUGGCACAGCUUUGGCGGAUAUAUAUGGGGAUGCUGUGUCGAGUCUGCAUUCUAUUAGGAGUGCCGUUGAUCCAGGUAAUGUGAUGGGACUCACGGGAGGAUGGAGAUUCUAGCUGGACUAUUGAAUAUCUGAGGAGCAUUUCAAUAAUUAUACAGUACUGGAUGUUUAGGUCUUAUGAGGGGAUGGCGAUAGUUAUGGACUUGCAUAUCAUAUGUAAAUGCUUUGAUGGAUGAUGGAUGCUGACAGGUUUCUCUAUUGC